AUUUUUAGUUGAGUAGGAGUUUUCAUGCAGAACUUUUACUUGUAAUGGAGUACUUUUACAUUCUUCUGUCAGCACAUUACUUUGAUAAAGCAUCUCAGUAGGAAAAUCUAAUCUGAUAUAGUACCAGCCAUCUUCGCAUAAGGUGUGUGUGCUCAACAUGUGCAGUAACUACGUACAGCUGCCACUAUAUGGAUACACACACACAAGCAAAUAGCAUUGUUCAACAAAUAUAGCGCAUGAUGAAUUACUCUCAUUUGAACCCUGAUAAAAAACCAGCUGCCUCCCUCCAGCUAGGUGAGCUGCUUUCCGUGCUGUCCUCUUAUGACUCAGUGCUAAGUGGGACGUUAGUGGGUGUCUUCCUAGUAUCACACAGACUGUAUGAGGGCCAUUCCUCCACUCUGACCCUGGACCGAGCUCAGCAUCAUGGGAUGUUUAGAUAACAGACGGGGUCCUGGGAGGUUACACAGGAGUUCAGCUGAGUUAACCUAUCUGAUGGAGUGAAAGGCAGCAGCAGCUCACCUGAAGGGGACUGCAUGCUUGUGGAGGACUGAGGAGAGAUACACACACUUCAUUUGUUUUCAGUUUGCCACAUGCUGACAUAACAGGGCCACCUGGUGGACACAUGGGUUGUUAAAUCUCACCAGCAAUAACAGAAAAUUAGAAAAAAAAACAAUCUGUAACAUUAGAUAUUUUGCUGUGUCAAGGUCCCCAUUGUAGUCUGAAGGACUUCUGUCCCUUCUAUGCGAGUUAAUAUCUCAGAUAAACUGAACUUUAUUGCAAGAAGCUAUCAUAAGAAAACUGAGUAUAAGCAACAUACACAGUACACAGUUAAAUGAAAUGACCUUUUUCCAUCCAUUUCACAGAGCAGAAAUAAAAGUCUUAAUACUAUACUUAAUACUGCAGUAGUCUGUUAUUAUACACAGAUAAUGUACAUGAGUCCUGAAUGAGCCGUUAUGCUAAUUAUACAUAGUAUAGUGUAGGUGAUAAUUAUAAAUUGAAUAGAAUAUAAUUCUGUAUAGUGCAGGGUAAGUGGCAGCUAAACAUGGAAUAGAACAUAAAUAUCUGUGAUACACUGUAAAUAAUAAAUAAAGCAGUGCAAUUAAAGUGGUAAUUGACAUGGUACAUAUUUAAUCACAUAGAACAGUGUAACAGUCUGUAGUGGUUGUGUAUAUUAUCAUGUACAUAUAUAAUGUGUAUUGUGUGUAUUUCUGAGUUUGGAGGUGAUGGGUGUGUGCCUAUAUGUGUGUUGUAGCUGCAGCAUGUUCAGCAGUCUGACUGUCUGUAGAAAGAUGCUGCAGAACCUUGAUGUGAGGGUUCUGAUGCUGGCAGUCUCUUUCCUGAUGGGAGGGAGACAAACAGUCCAUCUGAGGGUUCGCAGGGGUCCUUCAUGAUAGAGGUGGCCCUACGUAAAGCAGUGUUCCCAGAUGUCCUGGAGAGCCAGGAGGGAGACACUGAUGAUUAUAUAUGCACAAGUUAAUUCAACUAAGGCAUCAGAGAUCUUAACUGGAUACUUUAAUGAUGUCCAUUAGUGGUUGCAACAUAAUCAUGCUGCAAUUAAACUGAAAAAAAUCAAGCCAAAGUAAAAUAUUGUUCAUAUGCUUCUCUGUUAUUCACAGGGACCACUUGAAGAUUUUAUGAUGAAGAUGAACAAGAAAUAGAGGAAGGAGAGAUUUCCAUUUGUUAGGAAUAAUAUAAGAGCCACAGCUCAAAUUUGAUAAACAUGUGAGGAAGAUUACAAAAACAUACCAAAGCUAAGCUUAGUUGUUUCAGAUUAGUCAAACACUAUACACCUACUUAGGCUGCCCUGUUAUUUAAGCACUCUAUGAUUGUCUCUCAUUUUUGAUGUUUUAAAACAAUAAAGCAUCGGCUACAGAAACACAAUCGGCUAUUAGACAUCUUCUACAAUCAGGAUCUGACAGGAAUGAAUGAAAGGUCAGAACAGUGGCAUCACUGUCACAUUCUGAAAACAUGCAGUAGACUUCGCUUUGAGAACUUCAGUCAUUUUUGUUUCCUCAGUUUAGUCUUUUAUUGCAGCAGGCCCCAGAGCCUCCUUCCACAUCAAACGAUAAGACAGUAACAGAGUAACAUCAUUCACUGAACUUACGGAUACACCAGUCAACGGUUUGGACACUCCUCAUUCAAUGCUUUGUAUUUGUUUGUAUUAUUUUCUACAUUGUACAUUAAUACUGAAGAUGAACACUUUUGUUUACAACAUAAUUCCAUAUGUAUUAUUUUAUAGUUUUGAUGUCUUCAGUAUUAAUCUACAAUGUAGAAAAUAAUUAAAUAAAAUUACUGAAUGAGAAGGUGUGUCCAAACUUUUGACUGGUAGUAUAUACAUACUUACAGAUAUUAAAUCCUCCAUAACAAAGCUGAAAAGCUGUGAUGACACAAACUUGGUUCUGUUAAGAACGUGUGGCUUUCUGGUGUGCUCUUGUACUCCCUCGUAGUCCAAAAAUAACACCAGUAGAGUCUAUUCAAAAAAGGUCAUUGUCCAAACUCACAAUUACGAACGAAAUCAUCAAUUUAUUUACCUUCUGGAGUUCAUCAAACUUAACAAAGAUCAAAGUCUUUCCAACAGUCUGUCACGCCACGCCACGGUCAAAAACAAUUCACCUCUUCUUUGCGCCACACCUAUGGCAAUUAGUGUGGCCUUUAAAUACACAGGUAACUCGUCACAGCACCACUCGCUGGUCACUAACUGAAAUGGCUCCAACAGGCUGCAUAAAAGCAAACUGGAGCUGUCGCUAUAGUUUUGCUGAUUUGUAGUUUUUGCUCUCACGCAUUUUGUUGUGAGCCUUUUAUUCUAGGUCUACGUUUGCAGUGUAUUGUGGUUUGUUGAGUAUGAAAAAGUUUUUUAACUUUAAUUAUUUCGAACAAUCAUUUGUUAAUUUACAGAUUGUGUGUGAAAGGUAAGAUAGGGACAAGAGUUGAACAUUAGUUGUAACCUACAUUAGAAAAGCAUUUUUCUUGCAAGACAAAAUACUCCAAUUAAAUAUCUAAUUCUGAUUUCAGUGGCAUCAGACCAAUAGAAACAUGUGGUGCCCUCUGCAGUAAGAACUCCAUUGGCCUCCGCAUAGGUAAAGGUGAACCAGAUGGGUGGGAGGUGUGACUUUAUGUGUAGCUGUGUCCAUGUGGGGCAAUCAGAGCUGCAGUAAUGGCCCAGGUAAAGGUAGCAGGAAACACGGUGAGGAGCCUCCAGGACUGCUCAGACGUUUACUCUGACAUGGUGACUGUCAGCUCCAGUGCAGAUAUAGGAGAGUCGGUGAGGAAGGGGGCAUUGUGUGAGACUUCCAUGGCUACAGGCCUCAGCAGGCGGAGCAGGGCCUACCCGUCCCCAGCCAGGAGACGCCACCGCACCACCUUCAGCCACAAGCAGCUGGAACAGCUGGAAGUGGCUUUUGGACAAAACCAGUACCCUGACAUCUACUACAGAGAGGAGCUGGCUCGCAUCACCAAACUGAAUGAGGCUCGCAUACAGGUGUGGUUUCAGAACAGAAGAGCCAAACAGCGUAAGCAGGAGCGGGCCUCGCACAAAGUGGUCCCAGUGGGUGUGAUGUCGGGCCACAGGGGUCUGCUGGGAGGGAUGCACGUCCAGCCCUCCAUGGCUCGACAGUACUACCCCCAGCCCCUGCCUCACAUCCCCCGCCUCUCCCCCUUGCUGCCACCGUCUGGGCCGUACUCCCGCCACCCAGGCCCGGUCAGCCAGUGCCCCUGUCCCAGCGCCGCCCCACAGCCCAGCUCCCAGCGGCAGCAUGACGACUGGUACAGCCCCCUGAGGAGCAGCCUCGCCUCUCCCAUGUUCUCACUGGCCUCCAUGCAGCCUCUGGACCCAGCAUCCCACUGGAGCUAAGAAGGGAACCAAUGUUGCAUUAAAAAUACUGCGGAAAAAAUUACUUUUGAUACACACAAGCAGUUCACUCUGUUUCACUGUUGUAUUUUUCCAACUAGACUGUAGAUGAAAAUUUGCAGCUUCCUAGUCACAGCUUCUCUAAUCACUAGGGCUCCAUUGAAACAGUUGGAGUGUAUGCCAGUCUUUGUGCAUUUGCAUUAAAAAUGUCUUUGAGCUUG